UUAUCUACGUAUUAUGUUAUGUGGUGUAAGAUAUUCGUAGAUCUUGUCUAUCCCCGAUCUUGUCCACUUCAUGAAUCUUAUAUUAUGGCUUACGUUAUGUGGUGUAAGAUAUUCGUAGAUCUUGUCUAUCCUCGAUCUCGUCUAGUUCAUGAACCUUAUAUAGAUACGAUAGUUGUUUGACUUUUAUUCACGUUGUUUUCUGCUAUAUCCCUUCACCACUUUUCCUCUUAAGUCAAUGAAAGCAUUAUUUCUAAGUGGUGGGCAAGACUACACUGAUGGAGUCUCUAGAAUCUUAUCUCCAACACUUUUUUCCAUUACUGUUUUUUUCAAAUAAGUUUUUUGUACUCUUUUGCUCUAAAUGGAAAUGGGUAAUAGCAGUGCAGGGCAACAAGAAGAAAUGCUCAAUCAAGGUACAUAUAUGUAUACAGUGUGUUGAUAUGCUCAAUCAAGGUACAUAUAUGUACAGUCUUUCACAAUAAUUAUUUAUGAAAAGUGUGUAUAUCUAUUCAUUUAUUAUCUUGGGUUGCAGUCUAUGUGAGACUGCAUUAUUUGAGGUUUCUUCUAAGCAUUUUAUUUAUUUAUUUUUAAGCUGAAUUGCCUCCAAAUCAGGUCCUCAAAAUGAUUGGUUCUCAGAAAGUCUGCAGUAAACAUUGCAGGAGCCAGAAGAUUGUGGAAAUGUAAAUGGUAAGAGAAAAAGAAGAAAUCUAGGAUAUAAGUGAUUUGGGAUAGUGCCAUUGAACCAAGCCAAAACAAAGUCAAGCAUUUCUCUUGUGUUUCUUUGGCCAUGUUUAGUGAGAUUGCAUGUUUGCCAUGUCAACAUGUAGUUUUUGAAAACUAUGGCAUCUGUCUUUUGCAUUACAAUGGUAAAACAACAUGUCCAAAACUGUCUAGAGUUAAAACACCAAACAUGCUGUUUCCAUUAAGACCAGUAACAUGAGGUGCCCGAUAUUAUUCAUCAAAUAUAUAGGACUCCAGGGGACAUACAACUCCUUGAAAAUGUUGGAAAUCUGCUUCAUACACCAAUUUGAUUCCCCUACUUAUCUAUAUAAACAACUAUCAAUCUAUCAUAAUUUCUUCACACCCCAUAGUAAGCAUUUUUGCUAGGCAUUCAUACGUUAUAGAAAUGCAGAAGCGGGUGGCGAUAAUCGGAGCAGGUGUAAGUGGUUUGCUUGCCUGUAAAUAUAGUGUAGAGAAAGGCUUCAAUCCAAUGGUGUUUGAAGCUGAAGAAUGCGUUGGAGGGAUUUGGGCUUGCACGAUAGAAUCCACCGAACUCCAGAAUCCGAAACAAGGUUACCAGUUCUCUGAUUUCCCUUGGUCUAGUUCUGUGAAAGAAAUAUUUCCUAAUCAUACUAAAGUGAUGGAGUAUCUUGAAUCCUAUGCUAGACACUUUGGCAUCUAUCAAUACAUUAAUUUUAACUCCAAAGUCAUCAGCAUAGACUAUGUUGGAGAGUCUAACGAGGAAAUGGAGUCGUGGAGUCUUUGGGGCGGAAAGGGUAAGCCUUUUUGCUCUAAAGGGAAAUGGCUUGUAGAAGUUCAGGACACCAAGAUAUGCUCCAGGAAGGUUUAUGAAUUUGAGUUUGUUAUUCUUUGCAUUGGAAAAUACAGUGGCCUUCCGAACAUUCCAGAAUUCCCUCCAAAUCAGGGCCCGGAAGUGUUCAAUGGUAAGGUUCUGCAUUCCAUGGACUAUUCUGCAAUGGAUGAUGCAAGGGCGAAGAAAUUGAUAGAAGGGAAGAGGGUUGCAGUUAUUGGUUCUCUGAAAUCUGCAGUAGACAUUGCAGCAGAAUGUGCAAACACAAAUGGAGCCCAAUACCCUUGCCUGAUGAUUCAAAGAACUGUGCAUUGGACUCUCCCUAGCAGCAGUUUAUGGGGAAUCAAUAUUGGUUACUUAUAUGGAAAUCGUUUCUCACAAACUUUGGUUCAUUCAUCUGGCCAAACAUUUAUGUCCAGUCUUUUGGUUGCCUUGCUCGCUCCGCUGAGAUGGGGAAUCUCAAAGUUUGCUGAGAUCUACACCAGAUGGAAACUCCCCCUGAAGAAGUUUAACAUGCUUCCAGAACACAGCUUUCUCGAGGACCUAUUUUCAUGUCAGACUUUAAAGCUGCCAGAAAAGUUUUAUGACAAAGUUGAGGAAGGAAGCAUCAUUCUAAAGAAAUCCCAAAACUACAGGUUCUGCAGAGAAGGUUUGAUUAUUGAUGGAGAAACUCAAACACUACAAACAGAUGUUGUGAUUUUCGCCACAGGAUACAACAGUGAUCAGAAGCUCAGUAACAUUUUCAAAUCCCUUAUCUUCAAGAAAUCCGUAAUCGGUUCACAAACCUCUGUAGUCCCUCUCUACAGGCAUAUAAUCCACCCCAGAAUUCCACAACUGGCAGUAAUAGGACAGUUGGGACUGUCAAGUCUAGGUGCUGCUGAGAUAAAAUGCCAGUGGUUAGCACAUUUCCUUGAUGGAAAUAUUGAAUUGCCAAGUAUCAGGGAGAUGGAAAAGGAUGUCGUAGUGUGGGAAAAUCACAUGAAAAAAUAUUCCGGCAAAUACUUCAUGAAAGGAUGCGCAUUAUUCACGAUAUGGUACAACGAUCAGAUGUGCAAAGAUAUGGGUUGCAAAUCCAGAAGAAAGAAUGGGUUUUUUGCAGAGUGGUUUGAACCAUAUAGUGCAAUGGAUUAUGCAGAUCUUAGUCGUAAGAAAUGAUAAUUUUGUUGAAAUUCCUUUCUCAAGGAGACAAGUCUUCUUGGAUGUAUGCACAUUAUAUAAGCAACAAUGCAACAAAGACAUUUGGU